AUGAAGCACCUUCUCCAAUACGUGGGCUGCUUCUUGGCCUUCUUCUCUGCCGGCUUCCUGAUUGCUGCAACUUGGACAGACUGUUGGAUAGUGAACACGGACGACUCCUUGGAGUUGAGUGCUACCUGCCGUGGCCUAUGGUGGGAAUGUGUCACUAAUGCCUUUGACGGGAUAACAACUUGCGAUGAAUAUGACUCCAUAUUGGCUGAGCACCCAGUGAAACUGGUCCUGACCCGAGCCAUGCUCAUCACGGCUGACAUCCUGGCUGGUUUUGGGUUCACCUUCCUCCUCCUGGGCCUGGACUGUGUGAAAUUCCUUACGGAUGAGCCUGGAAUCAAAACCCAAAUCUGCUUCAUAGCUGGACUGGCUCUGCUAACGGGAGGUGUCCCUGGGCUCAUUGGAUCCGUCUGGUACGCCAUUGGCGUCUACGUGGAGCGCUCGACUCUGGUUUUGCAUAACGUCUUUGUGGGCAUCCAGUACAAAUUUGGGUGGUCGUGUUGGCUAGGGCUGAGCGGGUCUCUGGGAUGCUUCUUAUCUGGCUCCUUGCUCACCUGCUGCAUGUAUCUCUUCAGAGAUGUUGGUGCGAGCAGUUCGUUGCGGAAGACUUAUUCCCCUCCUGGGAUGAGCAGCCUGUGCCAUCCGGCCUCCCAGACGACUACUGCCAAAAUGUACGCCAUGGACACCAGGGUGUGA